GGGGCGCGGCCGGGCGGGCGGAACGGGCCGGGGGAGCGGGCGCAGCCAUGUCCUUCUGCUCCUUCCUGGGGGGAGAGGUGUUCAAGGACCACUUCCAGCCGGGCAUCUACGUGUGUGCCAAGUGUGGCCAUGAGCUGUUCUCCAGCCGGGCCAAGUACGAGCACUCCUCGCCCUGGCCGGCCUUCACCGAGACCCUGCGCGGGGACAGCGUGGCCAAGCGGGAGGAGCGCCCGGGGGCUCUCAAGGUCACUUGUGGCAAGUGCGGCAACGGGCUGGGCCACGAAUUCCUCAACGAUGGGCCCAAGCGGGGCCAGUCCCGCUUCUGAAUAUUCAGCAGCUCGCUGAAGUUCGUCCCGAAAGGUAAAGCUGACAACGACCUGAAGGAGAAGUAAGCGAGCUGCUCCCCCUGGCACUCUGUCCUGGGCUGAUCCUGCCUUCACACCAUCCCAGCAAGGGGCACUGUGGCAAGAGGAACCCUAAGGAAGCUCCUGGUUUCCCUGACUCAGUUCCCCGCUGGUUGUCACGGUUCACCCCUCAUUUCCCUGUCACGGUUUCCCCCUGGUCUCCCUGGUCUGGUUCCCUCCUGGUUUUCCUGGUCUGGUUCCCUCCUGGUUUUCCUG